AUGUAUCGCGCUUGGAUUAUCAUUACUUUAAUCCUAUCAGUUCUGGCUGCGACUCAGGGCCCUGGCGAGAGCUCCACAGCAGGCGAGGGUUUCAAAGGCGGCCUACGCCGUGUUGGAUCAAAAAUCGGGGGAUCAAUCAGACACCCGAAAAGGGAGCUUUACGUGUGUUCAAAAGUCGAGGCAACUAUGCUACAGCAAUUCGACCGCAUUAGAUGGCACGUUGUGGCACAGUGUCCACACCGAGAUAUCGGCAGAAUCACCAAACCUAAACCCCAGAAGGACGGCGAAAAUCAGCAGGGCAGCAAGCCCCAAGUUGGCAAUAACCCCAAUGAAAAUAUGGGCAUUGCGGUUUCAAGGCUUCCCUUGGACAAAUGUCUUGGUUGGGAUGAGCAAAAUGGACAAUUUACUUGGACGGCUGAUGGGAAUGGCAUUGAGAAAGGUCAUUGCUCAGAAUGUAAAGUAGAGGAAGGCGAACCUGUACCGAAAGUGGAGACAGGGAAAGGGAAGUCCCCAGAACGAGGGAUGUCAUCCAUACUCACCUGUAAAUGUGACAAGAAGAAAGGGGAGGCAGGCAAAGCUGAUGUAAAAUUCUACUUGGUUGGGAAGCUGAAAGUCGAGAGCAAUGGUGCGAUCAGCUGCCAUGGAUACAAGGAGAAAAUGCGUGCGAAUAUUGAUUAA